AACAAAAAGCACGAAACCAGAAGUGUGCCGCGCCAGUUUCUGAGCUUUCUAAGCCCUCGAGUGCCGCUGCCCUCUUUUCUUCCGUUUCUUCGAGUCUUUCCGCCGCCGGCGACAUAGUUUGUACGAUUAUUAUUCUCCCGGUACGACGCCGUUCCUUUCCACACGCCGAAGGGGGCUCCUCUCUCCCAUCUCCAGCUGAUUAGACGUAAGUAGGAUCACUCUACAUCAAGGUGUCUUGUGUGUGAGUGGAAAGGGAAAAUGUUGAAGCAAGUCUUUGGGAAGGUGUGGAAUAAGGGUGUUUUUGUGUACGGAGGAAACAGAGCCAUGCCUUGCUUGUAUGUGCCCACGAGUGAUGUUCACAAUGGACAGGUUCAUUGUGCACCGAGAAGUUUUUUCGGGGUAGAGGAUUUCCUCGAUGAUGACAAUAGCCGGCCAUAUACUUACCAGAAGGAGAAGAAGUCCAAAAAUCCAACAAAGCAUAUAUCAUUUAAACAGCGCACCAUAGCCUACAUUGAACCAUUUACACUCGAUGUGUUCAUCUCAAAGCGGUUUGUGUCAGCCUCAAUCACCCACAGGGUCACAACCAAGCAGGUUGCAACUGCCGGUACCAACUCCAAAGACAUUAAAGCUGUACUCAAGUCACGUUGUGACAUACCUGCCUGUUUGGCCGUCGGCCAAAUUUUAGCCGAUAGGGCAAGAGAAGCCGAUGUCUAUACCGCUGCUUAUACUCCCCGGGACAGGGACAAGUUUGAAGGGAAGAUUAGAGCAGUUGUUCAAUCCCUCAUUGAUAAUGGGAUUGAUGUUAAAGUUUAUCUUGACUGAAUUAGGUUUUAUUUUCUUCGGAGAAUUUGGGAGGUUUGUAUGUAAACUCUUAUUUGUGACUAUAAAGCAUCUUUGCCAAUUACUGCAAAUUAGCUUUUUUGUGCUCUCCAAAUAUAUGAUGAAUUGGCAGUUGUUUCUUCAA